AUGAGAAGGCUUGAGUCCCCGGCAGUGCCCAUGGCGUCCUCCUGCGGCCCCCUCAGCGGCGGCGGCGGCCCCCUGGUUGUCCUGGUUCUGCUUCUGCUCCUUCAGCGGGGGCUCAGCGAGGCGUGGGCGGGAGCAAAAGGGGCGCGGGGCGGGGCGGCGCCGCACUCUCGCCCCCCUUUGCCUUCGGGCGGCGGCCACGAGCAUCCUGGAGAUGCCAGAGCGAGCCCGCAGAAUGAGUUGCCUAUCGAGGUUCUGCGAUCCUUCGGGGUUCCUGCAUCCAAUGGGACCGCUACUCCAGGGUGCGGCCAGCCUGAUGUAAAAAUAGUAGGAGGAGUGGAAUCCAAAGAAGGGGAGUGGCCCUGGCAGGUGAGCCUGAGGGUCCGAAACAAGCAUGUCUGCGGAGGCUCGCUCAUCACCGACCAGUGGGUGCUGACUGCAGCCCACUGUAUUUUAAGCUAUUACACCUACAGUGUCAAGAUAGGAGGUCUGAGUAUCUUUAAGGAAGCUGACAAAAGUGUGGUGAUCCCUGUCCAAAGCAUCGUUGUCCAUCCUGAGUUCACAAGAAUUGGAUAUGUUCGGAAUGACAUUGCCCUUCUCCAUCUCCUCUUCUCUGUGAAUUUCACCUCUACCAUCAAGCCUGUCUGCAUCCCAAAGGAGAAUUUCCAGGUGGCAGCUGGGACCAAGUGUUGGGUGACUGGUUGGGGCCAAGAGGGAGAAGGAGAUCAGCGUCCUUAUGCAGAAAUUCUCCGGAAGGUUGACCAGUACAUCAUCCGCUAUGAAAACUGUAAUAACAUAAUAAAGCAGAGCAUGUCAAGUCUUGUGGAUAUUGUAAAGAGAGGGAUGGUCUGUGGCUAUAAAACUGGUGGAAAAGAUUCUUGUCAGGGAGAUUCUGGGGGACCCAUGGUCUGUGAAUUUGAUGACAUCUGGAUACAGGUGGGGAUCGUGAGCUGGGGCAUUGGCUGUGGUCGUUAUGGAGUACCUGGGAUUUAUACGGAAGUUAGUACCUACAGGAACUGGCUGGUUGCAGUGUUGAGCCAAUCUACCUCUUUGUAUCCAGUGGAGUCCCACAUCCAACUCCUGUUUCUGGUGCUGCCCCUUGGCAUCCUGUUGACCCUGUGA